AUGUAUGCAAAAACAAAGGAGGAAAAUGAUUUUUGUGGUAAACAUCGAGAGUCUGGUGACAAAAUGAGGUGGACGGGAAAAACACCGAAUCUUCACCUAAAUUUGUAUUCUGUUGACAAGUCACUCACAAAUUCUUUACCCACCACUGUUGCUUUCAUUGAGAUCAUUCAGAUGCGUAAAUCGUUAUCGGAGCUACAACAGAGGUCCUUCGUCUCCAUACCCUUGGAGAAUACGUCCCCAUCUAUCAUAAAUCGUGUGUCCUAUUCCGAUAAACCUGUCUUAGAAUAUCCGGAAUAUGCCUCUGAAAUGCUGCUUGGGUGA